AGGCUUCUCUUGUAGCAGUAGUAGUGAUAGCAUUAUUAUUGUUGCUGUUGUUCCUGAGGAGUCCAGUUACUGCAGUACCUCAGGAAGAGUUAGGGAACCUGAACAUGAUUUUUUUUUUCUAGAGUUGAAGAAAGUUCCAAACAACAUUCCUCCAGAUAUUGUUAAACUUGACUUGUCACACAAUAAAAUCAACCAACUUCGACCCAAGGAGUUUGAAGAUGUUCAUGAGUUAAAGAAAUUAAACCUCAGCAGCAAUGGCAUUCAAUUCAUAGAUCCUGCUGCUUUUUUAGGACUCACACAUUUAGAAGAGUUAGAUUUAUCAAACAACAGUCUGCAAAACUUUGACUAUGGUGUGUUAGAAGACUUGUAUUUUUUGAAACUCUUGUGGCUCAGAGAAAACCCUUGGAGAUGUGAUUACAACAUCCACUACCUCUACUACUGGUUAAAGCAUCACUACAACGUGCAUUAUAAUGGCCUGGAAUGCAAAAUGCCUGAAGAAUACAAAGGGUGGUUUGUAGGAAAAUAUGUUCGGAGUUACUAUGAAGAAUGCCCCAAAGACAAAUUACCAGCAUACCCUGAAACAUUUGACCAAGAUAUGGAAGAUGAUGAAUGGGAAAAAGUACAUAAGGAUCACACAGCAAAGAAGCAAAGUGUAAGAAUCACUAUUGUGGGAUAACAGAAUUGUUCUUGUUGCAACUAGUUUUGCCUUUGCUAUACUAGUGUUGGAAAACUGCAUGUUUACAUUUUGAUUAACUGUAUUACUUAUUUAUGCAGGAUUAUUCAACUAAAGGAAGGUUCCCUUGAUUAUUAUUGUUGUUGUGACAAUACAGUAAUCAAAGGAAUACUCUUAUCCUGCUUGCCUGCCUGUUUGCCGAACAGCUUUUGAUGAUGAUUCCACACUGGUAACCUGCAGAAGUUGGGUCCUAAUGAUGGCAUUAGAUUUUCAUAAUGUCCUGUAUAAAUCUUUUUACUGCUUUUAGAAAAUAAAAAAAAAAACUUGGUUCAUUUUUACAUGCUUUUCAAGAGUUGCAUGCACAUACCUAAAGAUGAUCAAAAUGAAGAGAUACAAAUGAUUAGUAAUAAUAAAAUCUUAUUCUCUCCCCUCUACCCCCUUUUUUUUUUUUCAGUAAGUCAGCUUAUGCACUGAAUAAAUUUCCAUAUUUGAUUCCUGUGCACUCCAAAA